AUGCUCAAAUACAUGCAUGUGCUUGCGUGUGAGGCCCUGCAUCAGUCCACUCCUGCUACAUCCAGCGUGCCGACUGCUGCACCGCCUGCGGCAGUGGCGACCUCAUCCAUGCAAGGAGAAGUUAAUAUGUUGGCUACCCGCAAACGCAAAGCUAAGCUUGAGUACACUGAAGAUGACGGCCUGGAAGCAACGGAUCCCGAUCCUUGGGAGCCACGCAGUCCGUGGUCCAUCAUUGACGGUUUGGACUCCAUCAGGUGGUGCUACAUCCUGUUUGAGAUCGGCGAGGAGCGGUCCAAGACCCAGAAGCUCGAACAGUUCAGGGAGUUUUACUCAGCAGCGAGCUGGACUUUGUGCAUGAUGCUCAGAGUUGGGAAGACUUUUCAGGAAGCCUCCGACUUCGUGCUUCAGGACAUGGCCACCUGGAACGAGCACAUGGCGAAAGAGGCCAAAUCCCCUUUCAAGAAGGAGGGAGACAAUGGCAAGGGUGGUCGAGCGUGUCCGGAGGAUGAUGCGUCCAUCCGGGGCUGCGAGCCAGCUCACAGUCAGGAGCAGGUGAUGGCCAAGCUCUUGCCGCUGCGGGGAUCAUCGUCUACGCCGGUGACUGGUCUUCAGCAUUGCCCUGAGGUCAUCUUGCUGAGCUUCUUCGAUGGCAUCGGAUCCGCUGCUUUGUUGCUGCAGUCCUUGGGGAUUAAGAUUCGCGCGUGCUUUGAGUGGGAGGUGGACGAGGCCGCCAUUUCCGUCUCCAGCCGGGUGCCUGUGCAACAUCGGAUCCGCCAUGGAGACUUGACCAAGGAUGACGCGACCCAGCUGGCGCAGGAGCUCAAAAAGCUUCGAGGCAGCAGCGACUGCUUGGUGCUGGCCACGGCAGGGCCGCCUUGCCCAGAUUAUUCUCCCAUCAAGGAGGUCCGGCGCCUCCGGCAAGCUCUUCGUUCACUUCGUGGAGUUUAUUCUAAGGCCGAGCGUGAGUUUGGAGCGCCGUUUGCACUCCUCGUGGAGAACGUUGUCCUUCAGUCAUCAGCGGAUGCAGCAUGGUUCUCCAAACAGUUGCGAGCCGAGCCAGUCAUGGCAGAUGGCGCUGAAUUUGGCCUCAUAAGUCGUCCACGCCUGUGGUGGACUCGUGUCAACUGGUCAUCCUGCGUCACUUGCCCGUAUGACAGCGACAAACAGCUGCGAUGGGAGUCCAGCCAGGGCUACCAGAAGCUUCGGCCACACAUCAUCAAGGAUGAGGCCUCCUCAAUAGUCAUGAAAGGUUUGAAGUUCCACAACGACAUUGUGCAGCAUCGCAAGCUUUUACCUUGCCUCACUACCCCUGCACCAACGGAUGCAGGGAGAGAGCCACCCAAAAGGAUGAGGGGUCAGAUUGCUCCUCUUGUUCGUCAACGUUGGCUUGAGCAUCAGAAACAGUAUGCGCCGUGGGUCUAUCAAGACCACGCCUUGGUCUUCGAAGAGUCUGGGUCGUGGCAAGUGUUGCCGGCCGAGGUCAAAGAACAGCUGCAUCAUUACCCUCCUGGCAUGACGUCAGCACCACACGUGAAACCUACAAAUCGACACCGUCUCCUAGGCAAUUCCUGGCACCUGGGCAUUGCACGCUAUUUGUUGGCGCUGGUUCUGCUGAGUUUCGUUCAGGGCAGCGGGUCGGUUCAGGUACCGAUGGAUGUGCGGGAGACUCAAUUUGAUAUUGACUCCCUCAUGCAUGAUGCCGCUCUGAGGGGCAUACCUGUUGCUUCAAACUUGAAGGAGCACGCCUUCCUGGCCAUCAGGCCGUGCGAGGACAUGCAGUCACAUUGGGAGAUUAGUACUGAGCUUCAGCACCCUCUCUUGCAAACACCACGCCUCUCGAGAGCUUUGGAGUUGACCAUUUCUGGCAUGACAGACAAGGGUUGCGGCUAUGAGGACGCGGACAACCUGGAGAAGGAUCUCACUCGAGGCUUCCCAUUGAUUGGGUCUUUGCGUAAAUCACCUGGCUGGCAUCCUAGGACGGACUCUCUGUAUCUGAAUCCGGUGUCCGAAGAAGCUUUCUGCGCCUUGAACAGAUCACACAUUCAGACCAGGGCCAGGCAGUCCAGGCCUGAUCCGGAAUGGAGGACCAUGCUGGAUGAGGUCUUGCAAGAGUGUCGUCAGGGCCGCAUGGAAGGUCCUUUCGCGGCACCUCAGGGAUGGGUUUUUUCUGCAGUUCCUGUCCUUGCGCACAAAGGGUUUGACAAGCUUCUUGAACUUCCUGCCGGGCCUCAUUACGGCGCGUUCGCUUUCAGUGUCUGCCAGGAAGGUAGUGAUGGCCAUCGCAAAGUCAGACGUUGUGAGGACUACCGACGGAGUCACCACAAUGACACAAUCCAUGUUUUGGACAAUGUUGAUGCUUAUGUGCAGGUCAUUCGGGCUUUCUCUCUGCACCACGACAGAGUCCUGCUCUGGGGGCAGGACAUGUGGGCCGCCUAUCGGCAAUAUCCGGUGGAGGACCCAAACCACGCUUACCUGUUGCUGGUGUUGCCUUGGAGUGUCUCAGUUUGGAGACAUCGAGUUCUCAUGUUCGGGGCCACGGCCUCAGUGUGGCACUUUAAUAGAACGGAGGACGCCAUCAUCUGGCUUUCUAGGUGUCUAUUGUUCAUUCCAUCCAUGCAUUAUGUGGAUGACGUAGGCGGGGCUGAACCUGCUCUGUCGGCUCCUUCGGCCUGCUGGUCCUUCCGCAAACUGUGCGACCUCCUUGGGAUCCGAGUCAAGCCCAGCAAAGAGCAGCUGCCAGCACUGGUGCAGAAGCUACUUGGGGUCUGGUUGGCGCACAAGGGGCUGUACCUGGAAGUCAGACGUCGGCGUUUACGCAUGAUGGAAGCCAUCCCAGGCGUGCUGCAUGAGGACAGCUUGCCUCCCGAAAUGGCGUCCAAGCUUGCCGGGAAAUUGGGCUUCCUGCAGACAACUCUCUUCGGCAGCAUGGGAAAAGCGUGUCUGGUACCAUUAGGAAAGACGCAAGAGGGCACAUCCAUCAUCUACGCCGAUGCUUUCUUCCUGCUUGGGGAUAUCAAGUGCCGGCCGGGAGACGUGGUGGCAGGCAGGUGGCCGCGCCAAGGGGCGCAGAAGCUUCGCAACGGCUGGGGCUUCUUAGUCAGGACCGGUGACCGUGUGACAUACGCUCAUGGCUCUGUACCUGCGGACAUCAUUCAGCUUUACAGCUCCAGGAAAGCUUUCUUGAAAUCCAUGCCCAAUUGUCGCAGCGCGCUGCUGAAAGGAUUCAGUAAGGAACCAGCAGUGAACAACCUGCUCGCCUUUUAUUGGUGCUUGGCAGCGCGAUGUGGUUGGCAUGGACACUUUGAGUAUGUCCGCAGCUCGUGCAAUGUCUCAGACCCCAUCUCGAGGGGAGAUCUUCAAGCAGCUCACGAAGCUGGCUGGAUCCCACUUCGCAGUCCUGUACACGAGUGGUGGGGCAUACUGCGUUCUGUAGCCUCUGACAUGCUGGUGGCCACAGGUGAAGCAGUGGACAGGGCAUUGGCCCUCACUUGGCACUUCCACUGA